CCCACUCACGUGUCCGGAGGCGGAAGUGCGGGGCCGGGCCGGGCCGGGCUUGCAGAGGCUGAAGGGAGCCGAGCCAGGCGACGGGACCUUGCGGGCUCAGGCACGGCUGGUGCUUGGAUGGCUACCUGGCUGACGUGGAUUCGUUGCUGAGCAAACGAUGCUUGCCCGGGGCAGACAGCUGUUUGUUGGCUUCUCAGGCUACUGGAAGCCUUUUUUCAGAGGCCGGUUCCUUCUAGUUACAAAUACUGUGAGCUGUGGGGCUCCUGGCGACACCCUCCAGCAGACAUGGGAAAUGAGGAAGGACCCGGAGCGGAAGCGGGAGCUGGGCCGCACAGCUCGGAUGUUUGCUAUUGGCUGCAGCAUGGGCCCGUUAAUGCAUUACUGGUAUCUCUGGUUAGACAGAGCAUUUCCUGCAAGUGGAUUAAAAGGAAUUAAAAUUGUCCUGAAGAAAGUCUUCAUUGACCAGAUCAUAGCAUCUCCGGCCUUGGGAAUCUGGUAUUUUCUGGGGAUGGGGUCGCUGGAGGGGCAGACACUGGAGGAAAGCUGGGAGGAGCUGAGAGAGAAGUUCUGGGAAUUUUACAAGGCAGAUUGGUGUGUCUGGCCAGCAGCUCAGGUGAUUAACUUCCUGUUCCUUCCUCCCAAGUAUCGGGUGAUUUAUGUGAAUGUGGUGACCUUGGGCUGGGACACAUACCUUGCCUACCUCAAACACAGGCACAAGCAGCCACUCGGUGCCGAAGCUGAGCUGAAGAGCAGCAUUCAGCAUCGCCACACUGGGGUGAAAACUGGCGGCUGACAAGCUGUUUGCAAGGACUGCUGCUCUGGUUCCAUCUGUCCCUGGGAGAUGCCAAUCAAGUGCUAAUUCCAGAUUCAUUCCUUGGAGAGGGAGCUGGCUCCCAUGCAGCCCAGAAAAAAUAGCCUGAUCAAGUGAACAAAAUGCUUCCUGGAAACAAAUCACUACCAUUGUCCUAUGGCCGACCCAGCCAGCGGGUGAGGAAGAGAAACAUGAGGGGGUCUCUCUCUGAGUUAGCAUUUAACUUCCAAGCCACAAACCCAGUGACUUUUUAAAAUGAAGAUUCACAUGCCAACAGGAUGCAUAACAUGACUUUCUUAUUCCUCCACUGACUUCUGGGUAAGUUGGGCAGGUGCAGCACAUUACUGUUUGCCACUAAGUGAGCCACGAUCCUUAAAAUAAUCCCAUGUCUUGGAACCUACUUACUUUAUUCUCACUGUGUCUGAAAACUGUAUUUUGCUAGAAAUGGUGAUGUGCCAAAAUGUCACUUAUAAAAAAAUUAUGAGA